UUAAUCUAAAUCACCUUCCUAGAAAUAUCCUUUCUUGCAUUUUCUUCUAAUCCAAUCUCUUUCUAGGAAACCAUCUUCUUUCACACUUGACAAAAGUUUCCUCUUUCCGUACCCUUUAUAUAAACCCUACCGUAAGUUCGUCCAGUACAACAUAUGAUCUCAUCAUCCAUUGAAGACUCAGCGAACAGAAAAAACACAUAAAUUAUUUCUGGGUUAGUUUUGGCUUUUCUCUUGAUCAUGGAUGUACUUGGAGUUAACAUGAAGAGCAGGAAGCAAGCAUCAAAGAGAAGUAAAAAGGGAAUCAAAGUUGUGUAUAUUUCUAGUCCUAUGAAAGUUGAGACUAGUGCAUCAAAAUUUAGGGCUCUUGUUCAAGAACUUACUGGAAAAGACUCUGAUGCUGCAAGAUUUAUGGAUGUUAACAAUGGUGCUGAAAAUUACUCUACUGAAACUACUCCUGAUCGAAGCAGGGCUGCUUCUGAUGAGCACGGAUCAGUACUUCUUCCUUUGAUGAGCUCUUACAAUGAGCCCUCUUUUUCUUCUUCUCCUGAUUCCGACUCUAGUAUAUUUGACCCAUUUGAUAGAUUUUUGCCACCUAUGGAAGGCAGUUUUAUGAGCAUGUUUCAAUCAAAUUUUCCCCAUGAAUCUUUUCAGUUAGACGUUUUUAACUAGAAACUCUUUAGGUAGAUAUAUAUAUAUAUAUGGAUUGUAAGUUUUUAUUUAAGCUUUCUUUUGGUCUUAUUCAUUUAUAUAUAUACAUGUAUGUAUGUAUGUAAAUUAAUACAUAUAGUAUAGCUUUCUCGAAUUUCCAGCUACUACAAUUUUGAUACAUAUGGAGAUGCUUAAUUUCUUCUGUUUCUUUCUUUAUAAUAUUGAGAUUCAUUGUUAUAUCUAUAAGUGGAAGGUCUCCUGCUGAUCUCCAAUUGCUGCUUAUGAUGAUGUCUUGGAUUCAUAGUAUUUCUUUUUCUGUAUAAUUAUUUGGGUUCAGAUCCCUCUCUUUCCCACCAAAGUAAAUGGAGAAAAUAAUCAAAAAACUUAUUCGAAAAUGUUUGACUGGUUUUUAUGCAGAUUACCUAAUUCAUCAUAGGCAUUGACAAUAUCUUGUAUAAUUUUUUAAAAUAGAAUUGGUCCAUCUGGUCAAAACAGUUGAUUUUUAUUUUCCAUGGCUGGAAACACGAGCUGUGCAACUUGUCAAAUGUUUUCAUGAAGAAGAGAAAAGCAAAACCACCAUGAGCAUUGAUCAAGUUCUUGAAAAUUUUACGGUUUCAAGGGGUUAGAUUUGUUGAUCUUGGGGGAAGAAAAUGUGAGAUGGCAAGAUUAAGAGAAUCUGAAGUGGUCCUUGUUGCUCUAGCGAGUGGAUAUAAAUUUAAUCCAAGUAGCUAGUGCAAUUUGGAGGUGGCUUUAUGGGUUAGUUGUCCUUUGGAAUUUUGAAAUAAAAGUUGAUGUCUGGCGGCUGCCUUAGGGCCCUUUUCUUCUCUGAUCUUAUCACAUGUAAUCCAAGCAAACUUUUACUGUUAAGAAAAAAAGAAAAUUUUAUA